CAGGGAUCCCACAGUAACCGCGGCCCCGAGAACAAGGAAUCCCUUCGCGAAAGCCUGCAGCAGGGCCGAGCACGGAGUCCGGGCCUGGAACCGCGGGCUGGGGCGAGAGUGGCUGAGUUCAGUGCACUGGCUCUGGGUGGCUGUGCUGCGAGCCCCGCGGGCCCGGGAGUGUCCGCUGGGAGCCAAGGAGUGCAGCUGUGUACAUCUGGAGCUCUGAGCUGUGUCUGUCACAGGAGGCCAGCGUGAUCUCGCUCAGCACCAGGGAUAAGCCAGCACCCAACUGUCGCAGGUUUGCUGGGAUGGGAAACCUGCUCAAAGUCCUGACCAGGGAAAUUGAAAACUAUCCACACUUUUUCCUGGAUUUUGAGAAUGCGCAGCCCACAGAAGGGGAGCGGGAGAUCUGGAACCAGAUCAGUGCCGUGCUGCAGGACUCAGAGAGCAUCCUCACCGACCUACAGGCCUACAAGGGCGCCGGGCCGGAGAUCCGAGAUGCGAUUCAAAACCCCAAUGACAUCCAGCUUCAGGAAAAGGCCUGGAACGCUGUGUGUCCCCUGGUAGUGAGGCUGAAGCGGUUCUACGAGUUCUCCAUCCGGCUAGAGACAGCCCUGCAGAGCCUGCUGGAGUCUCUGACCUGCCCCCCCUAUACCCCAACCCAGCACCUGGAGCGGGAGCAGGCCCUGGCCAAGGAGUUUGCGGAAAUCCUGCAUUUCACACUUCGAUUUGAUGAACUGAAGAUGAGGAACCCUGCCAUUCAGAAUGACUUCAGCUACUACCGAAGAACCAUAAGUCGUAAUCGUAUCAACAACAUGCAUCUAGACAUUGAGAAUGAAGUCAAUAACGAGAUGGCCAAUCGCAUGUCCCUCUUCUACGCAGAAGCCACGCCCAUGCUGAAAACCCUGAGCGAUGCCACCAUGCACUUCGUCUCUGAGAACAAAACCCUGCCGAUAGAGCACACCACGGACUGCCUCAGUACGAUGACCAGCGUCUGCAAAGUCAUGCUGGAGACUCCGGAGUACAGGAGCAGGUUCACGAGUGAAGAGACGCUCAUGUUCUGCAUGCGGGUGAUGGUAGGGGUCAUCAUCCUCUACGACCAUGUGCACCCGGUGGGAGCCUUCUGCAAGACGUCCAAGAUCGAUAUGAAGGGCUGCAUAAAGGUUCUGAAGGAACAGGCCCCGGACAGCGUGGAGGGACUACUCAACGCCCUCAGGUUCACUACAAAGCACUUGAAUGAUGAGACCACUUCCAAACAGAUUCGAGCCAUGCUGCAGUAGAACCCUGUGCUGAGAAGAGGACCUGUGUGCUGACCUCAGAAGAUGUAUAUGUUUACAUAAUUUAAUACAAAUUGAUGUUAAUACUUGUGUAUUUACACAACCAUUUCCUUCUCCUCCCUGAAAUCUAUGGACCUUAAUUUGUACCCUGACUGACACUGCCCAGCAGAGUAUAAAUCGACUUGAGAGCCUUAUCUUCGAUGUCCAAAACAGAAUCCCUUCUCCCAAGGCCAGAUUUGGAGACUUUGUUCUUGUCCUGGAGUCUUUCAAUGAUAUCUGUAACAAUCAAAAAUGCCUAGUAGUUUGUAGUAGUGUUUUAAUUCUAGAUGUAUUAUCUCUCCAGGAGCAUAGUUCAUAGACACACAAAGUAUCACUGAUUUCCUACAUCCGUCAACUCAGCUACAGGAGAUACAACUAUUACCCCAACAGAAAUGGAAGGCAAGAAACAGGAGAUGCACGCGAGUAUUCUGGGUUCUGCACGCCCCUCUGUCCUCUGCCUGCAAACCACACAUGCUGGCUUUCUGUCUGUGCGUGUUGUACUAAUCAGUAUCUUCCUUCUGGAUGGGUCCGUUCCAUCCCUCUGAGCCCCACUUUUACUUUUGUAAGAGGAAAAGAGCUUGUGUUUUAAUCAGUGAAACAGCAGCAGAGAUAGAUGGAUGGGUUCUUGCUGUUGGACUGACUGAGGGCAGUGAUUGCUUUGAGAGCAUGAGAGAGGGGAGGGAGAGGAGGUCAGUACAGUCAUCUUCCAGUGUCGCUGUUUGCCUGCAGAGGGGAGGAAAUGGGGAUUGCAGCUCUGACUUCACAACUAGCUACCUGCAAGUGCUUUGCACCCAGCCCCUCCUGCUGGCCUACCCUGUCCUCUGUGGGCUACUCCUGUGGGAACAAAAGUCAAGGGCAAUGCAUCAGUUACCAGAAAAGUGGGCUUAGAGGGACAACAUCCACAUAUCUACCCUGCCCCUGCCCAGCUACUGCUGGGCACGGUAUGAAAGCUGUGAUCUGAGUAUAUGGGUUUAGUUUCUGCCCUACUAAUGAUUCACAGUGUGCUCCUGAGAAAUCCCCUUGACUGUCUGCACUGCAUCUUCUCCAUCUGUAAAAUGGGCCAUUAAAACAAUCAGUGAAAGCCCUGUAAGGCUGGGAGCCAAGAAAGUGGCUGACUCUACCCACCUGCCUUUGUAAGCAGACUCCUCUAAGCAUUGCCCACCUGCCUAGAUGAUGGUUGCUCAUACAGGGCCUGCACUAUUUCUGGGUGCAGACUGAGUUCAUCUAGAAUGCAAUCUUGGAAACUUGUUCUGUGAGGCGAAGGAGAAGGCCCCUGGAUGUGGUCUCAUGGAAUGGCUACGAGGUGGAACCGGAACCUAAGAUGCCUCCCUCCUGAAUCCACACGCUUUCUCCUUCACCAUGUGGCCUGGGAAUACUAGUACAGGAUGCGACUGGACCCUUACAGGGGAAUCCUAAGACUUGCUUGUAUGACUGCUUGCUAAUUCCUGCCAGUUCCCUGGUCAUUGUGAAGAGAAUUCUGGAAGUUGGGUCUGACCACAUUUCCAGUGUUCCAAUAAGUGAGCGGUAAGAUUGCUAGCCAGCAUUCCCUUGAGUCCUUCAGGAAAAAGGGAAUAAUUUUUUUAGCUAAGAAAUGCAGUUAAAUGAUAGGAAAGAGUGCCUGGUCUAGACGUAAAGUAUCAGUCAACAGGGAGAGGAAAAGGAUUUUUCCUUGGAGGUUGAAAGCUGCACGAGUACAGCUGCUAAGACAAGAAGACCUUUUCAAACCUGAGAAUUCUACAGCUGUAGGGGAAGCUGGACAAGACGGCAAUGCGGUGCGAGCGGACUCAUUGGGUGUCCGAUUUAAGAGUGGCUCUGCUUGGUAGCCACUUGAGGUACUUGGCCAACAACUGCCAAGCUCGGAGAACGAAAUGUACCACGUCUAUCACUUUUGGGUCCAUUUCCUCCUCUCUUGGAAGAGGAGAUGCAAGCAUAAAAGGAAGAAAGGACUUGCCAGUCACCACUGGGCUCUCGGACACAGCCCGAGGGACUUUAACUCAAGCCAUGUGUCUAUACCAGAGCUGCCUCUCAGCUGGUUCAAUGAGAAAACUUUAGAGAUUACCUGUCAAAUGAUAAAUAUAUAUAUAUAUAUAAAUGUAUAAAUAGUUGAGCACAUUUAUAAUUUUUAAUUAGACUUUCUAUCAAAUGGGACUAAACCUAUGUGUGGGGCUGCUGGUCUGCUUCUGUUCCGCCAUCUGCCUUGUCCCCAAGCUGAGAUGCAGCCAGACAUGCAUUCUGAUGAGCCCAAAGUCUCCACUGUUGCCUAUGAAUCCUGGAAGGACAGGUUGUGUGUCUGUGAUCACCAGCAGGGAACAGCUUCCUGGCUGUGGGAGACACCAUCUCUUAACACUGUCCACCAGGCAUCCAGGGUCCCUGGACAAUCAGCUUUCGGUGCUGCCUGCAGGAUCCAAAAUCCAGGCGUCGUGGUGGCUUAGGGGAAUGUGCUUGCGACAGUAUCAGUGUCGAUGUUCUCUGUAUUUCAUAUUGGAUGUCCCAUAGUUUUCAAAUAAACAGUGUUUUCCACGA